CCGGUCAGGAGAGCCCGGCCAGACUCGCCAGGGAGACCUUUCGAGGCGGUGGCCGUGCGGAAAAGCGGCGCAGGGAGGGCGGGGGCAACUAACGCGAUCUAUCUAUUCAUAUCUCUUUUGAGGGGGAUCAAAGCCACCCCAAGGCGAGGUUGGUCCUUGGAAACUUCGGGAGGCGCCUGGGCUCGGGCUCUUCGCCUCUGUCAUGAUGUUCCCCAGCCUGAUCGCUCCUCCCACGGUGUAUCCGAGUCUCCUGCGUCCCACUCCCACUCUCACCUUGCCUCGCUCGCUGCAGUCCGCUUUUUCCAGCCACUCCAGCUUCUUGGUGGAAGACCUCAUUCGGAUCACCAGCCCGGCCGGUUACCUGCCCCGAAGCAACGCCCCUCCGCCCAGCAUGUCUCCGCCCGUCUCCGGGACCAGCACCGGAGGGACUGACGCGGGGGGCGCCGAGAUGGUCCCUCCUUCCACCCCUUCCGGGGCUAGGCGGGGCUGCUCCUCGCAGACCUCCGCCUCUGCCAGUAACGACGCCACUUUCCUGAAGUUUGGGGUCAACGCCAUUCUGUCAUCUACGCCCAGGACAGAGACUCCCCACGCAUUGCUCCAGAAUGUCCCUCCCAAGACCUUCUCUUUCCCCUACUUCGAAGGAACCUUCCAGCCUUUUCUCAGGUCUUCUUACUUCCCAGCCUCUUCCGUGGUGCCCAUCCCUGGCACAUUUUCUUGGCCUUUGGCUGCCCGAGGGAAGCCACGCAGAGGAAUGCUCCGCAGGGCAGUCUUCUCAGAUGUGCAGCGCAAAGCUCUGGAGAAAAUGUUUCAAAAACAGAAAUAUAUCAGUAAACCAGACAGGAAGAAGCUGGCUGCCAAACUGGGCUUGAAAGACUCUCAGGUGAAGAUCUGGUUCCAAAAUAGAAGAAUGAAGUGGAGGAACUCCAAAGAAAGAGAGCUGCUUUCCUCUGGUGGCUGCCGGGAACAAACCUUACCCACCAAGUUUAAUCCUCACCCAGACCUCAGUGAUGUAGGAAAGAAAGGUUCUGGGGAGGAGGAGGAGGAGGAAACAGUAUCCCACCUUUGCCCAGCCAGCCCCAGGCAUACCUUAACCUAUCACCACCAGGCUACAGAUCAUCCACACCUGAGAGAGAGGCUGGAUUCCCAGAUGCUUCCCUCUCCAACUCAUUCCUGCAGCCCCCACAAACCAUCAGACUUCUCAGACUCAGAAGAGGAGGAGGAGGAAGAGGGGGAGGAAGAGGAAGAAGAAGAGAUCACAGUCUCAUAGAGACAUCUUUUCUUGCUAUUCCAAGACUUUGCAAAGAUGUAAAUAAUCUAAGAGCUAUUUAAUUGAAGAGGUGGUGUCAGCCUGCAAGUCUACGUGGUUCACAUAUGCAAUACACUGGUAAUCUAGUAUCCACUUCUUUACCCUGAUUAGAAAACGUUACCAUUCAGAACUUCCUAUGGUUAUUGCUCACAAGCCGUCCUCCUUGCACUUUUCCAAUGGAAGUUAUAGACUUUAAGGCCAAUUUUUUAAAAAAACUUUAGUUUGAAAACCUGCUUGUUAGAAAACUGAUUCAGUUAGUGAUUCAGUCACAGUGGAGAACAAGUGAACUUCAGGAUGAUUCAUUUUCUCCAAAGGACACAGAGAUAUUCCAGUAAACCAUCCUUUUGAGAGUGGCUUCUAUAUAACAUCCACUAGGCUGCUGAAUGUCAGUGUCUUGCCACUCACAGCCUAUAGCAGAAUACAAAUAGGAAACAGGGUCUCACAUUAUUUCUGGCACUGCCAUGACUCUAAAUUUGAAUGUUUUAUGUUAAUUUAUUGAUCUCUCUUGACACCAUGCCAACAUGCAUCCCCAGCCUUUGGCCAUCCUCUAUUUUGUGUCUGCUGAUGCUGUAAUGAGGAUACAGGGAUAUGGGCCAUCUCUUUGAUUUUUGACUGAACUUUGCUGGCUUUGCACAGCUUUUGUAAACUGUACAUUAUUUUUGUACUCUUACGCUGUAUGGAGAUUUUUUUUACCAAGCCUACUGUGAGUAUACAGAUGGACUUUGCUAUAUUUGGAUGGAGGAGGGGAUACGCAGUUGGAGCUAUUUUUAAAAAUUGUUUAACUCAAAGAGAAGUUUAGUGGUUUAACUGUGUAACUUAUAAAACCAUUGUUUAUUUUUUACUGUGUACAGAUUUUAAAUAUGUAUAUAUAACUGAUGAAAGCAAAUGCCAAAUAAAAAAGAGUGUGAGGCUGAUAGUU